AUGAUUAGAUUUAUUGGUGUAGUGGCUUACAUGGGUCUGGUAAAGAUGCCUUCAUUGGAAAAGUACUGGAGCAAUGACGAUCUACAUAAAAAUGUUAUUAUACCAAAAACCAUGUCGAGAAAUAGAUUUCAGCUGCUUCUUAGAAUGUGGCACUUCUCCGACAAUGAAAGCUGCCCAGAAGGUGAUCGUCUUCACAAGGUGAAACCAUUAGUGGAAAGGCUCGUCAAAAACUUUCAAAAGGUCUGCACUCCUGGUCGGACAUUUUGUAUAGAUGACUCUGUUAUCCCAUUUCAAGGGCGAUUGCUAUUCAAGCAAUAUAUUCCACAAAAAACCCAUAAAUAUGGAGUAAAACUCUUUAAAUUAUGCAGUGAUAGUGGGUAUACGAGGAAUCUGAGAAUAUAUGCUGGAAAGGAAAAAAGUGACGGCAACGCUUCUGUUCCAACUAACAUUGUCAUCAAUCUUUCUAAGGACCUACUAAAUUCAGGACGAACUAUAAUAGCUGACAACUAUUAUACAAGUCUCGAACUAACAAAUAUUUUACUGGACAAUAAAACACAUUAUGUAGGUACACUGAGAGCUAACCGUCGUGGCAAUCCGAAAGAAGUAGUACAAAAGAAAUUAGGAAAAGGGGAAGUAUUUGGACUAGAAAACGAAAGAGGUGUAUGCGUCUUGAAGUGGAGAGAUAAGAGGGACGUUCUUCUUCUCACUACUAAGCACACUACUGACACUGUGAAUGUACAGAGACGCACUGGUAUGGUUCAAAAACCAAAGGCAGUAAUUGAAUAUAACGACGGAAAAUCAUCGAUUGAUCAAUCUGAUCAGAUGACCAGCUACAAUUCUCCCUUGAGGAAAUCUCUCAAAUGGUACCGUAAACUUGCUAUACAAUUUAUUUUGGGGACAGCGCUCGUAAAUUCUCAUAUAGUAUACAAUCAGCUUGCUGAUAAAAAAAUGAAAAUUACAGAGUUUCGAGAAGCAAUAGUGAGAUCCUUUUUGACUUAUGAAGAAACCGAUCAUGAAAAUGAAACAAUGCAAACAUUACCGAAGAAAUCAUAA